CUUCUCUUAAAGACUCAUUCACAUCCAGCAGUAUCUCAAAACCCGAUAUCUAAUGCCAAUAACUCCUUAAACAAUCAUUUCAGAAGAUUUAAUGACUCUCCCUCAUGGUUUGACUUUGAAGGGUUCUACUACACCCUUAAGGCAGACAAUAUGAGCAAAGAAUUGAAGAAACCCGAGGCUCAAGACUUGUUCAGAACCGUUGUGUCCUCACCGACUUCUGUUAGUUCAAAUACUAAAUCCUCUGAUCUACAAAAUGAGACUCCGAAGAAGGAUCCAGUGAUGACUACAGUGAGGUUCCAGGAGGAAACUCCUAAGACAGAUAACGAACGAAUAAAACAUUCAUGGAGAGGAACCUCUUCUCAUACUGAGAGUAAAUUGAGCAUUUCUGAAUGUAUCUCGGAGGUCAGGAAAAACCUUAAGCCUAAAAAGAGCAAGUUAAAGAUCGUUAAUAGAAAUAAGCCUUCCAAGAGAUUUUUAGCUAAGUCCAUUCUGAAGUUGAUAAAGCCAAAAUCUUUGAAGAGGAAGUCAUCAAAGAAAGCCAAGAGAUCUCUGUUUAAAAUCAUGAAGAAAACAGAUUCUGGGUUACUUAAGAGCCCUGAGAAAAGUUUGAGCAAGAUAGCUCAGAAAAAGGACUUAUGUUCAGAAAAAAUAUUCCAAGCUACUAGUAAAACUUAUGUAGAACCUCUAAUUAUGCCUGUACACAAGACUUCAAACAAGCCUUUCCAUAAAUAGUACGUUUUCAAAUCCAAAUACAAAUGAUUGAAGUCCAGCUAGAAGACUGAUGGACAAAUUAUCGAAGAGAAAGCACAGAAGUAGGAAGAACAAUUUAAAACUUCUUCCUGUUGAUUUCAAAGGGUUAAGGAGAAACUCUACUAUCUGCCCUAAGACCACUGUCCCCAAUUGCCCAUGCCCUCCAUCUAUACAAAACCUAUAAAAUUCUAUAAA